AUGACAGCUUCGGAGGUUCAGGCUGCAGUAAAAUGGGGCACCAAAUCCUUCAGUGUGCAGAUUAGCCUCAAUGAACCCCUCGAAGUAUUCCAAGCUCAGCUCUACACACUGACCGGUGUACCUGUUGACCGACAGAAGCUGUUGUGCAAGGGGAAGACCAUCAAGGGAGAUGCGGAUUUAAGAGCAGUUGCUGCAAGUGGCUGUCCCAAGAUUAUGCUCAUGGGAACUGCGGAAGAAGCAAUCAAGGCGAUGCCUCCUCCAGAGAAGACAGUUUUCGUAGAGGACCUCACGCCUGCGCAGCAGGCCGCCUUGCUGCGAGAGAAAAAAGUUGAACCUCUCCCUAAUGGGAUUGUCAACCUGGGGAAUACUUGUUAUUUAGCCUCUGUACUUCAAAUGCUGCGCCCCGCCACUGACUUUUCUUCUCUUGUAAAGACACAUAUCUCAGGAGAUGUAUCAACCGCUCAGCUUGCUGCUACGGGACAACAAGGAGCACUAAGACGGUUGGCGUUGGCUCUCAAGGACUUCUACAACCAGUGGCAACAGACCAUCGAGCCCGUUUCACCAUUCCUUUUGGUGCCUGCCCUGCGAGAGGCCUAUCCUCAAUUCUCAAGACGUUCAACUUCCCAAGCAGGCACGACGGGCAUCCCGAUGCAACAGGACGCGGAGGAAUGUCUGAGUUGUUUGAUGUCUGCUAUUGCGGAGAGUCUGGACAGAGGCACAGCAACGGAAUUAUCGAAGUCCCUGGCUUACGUGCCGUUGGCUGGGAGCUCUUCUUCUGCUUUAGAUAUGCUUUUUGGGGUUCAGGUCGAAGUUACUUCGAAUCGAAACAAAAAUGAAGAGAACGGCGAAAAACAAGGCAGCUCCACUGUGCAGAUAGAAAAACACCGUAAACUCACGUGCUUCCUGGGCACCCCACAGAAACCUGUGAGCAGCCUGGAAGAAAGCCUCAAGUUCUCUCUCGGAGACGAAGUCGUGCAGGUCGGCGGCAGCAAAAGUGCAGCAGCUGCUGCAGGAGCAGCACCAUCGGGGGGUGAUGCAACAACAGCAGAAGAAACGCUUAUCAGGACCAACCGAAUCAAGAGCCUUGCACUGUACCUCAUCCUUCACUUUAUGCGCUUUGAGUGGAAGGUGGGAGGAACAGAAUCUGAGAAGGCCAAAAUAUGCCGCAGCGUCAAAUUCGGACAAACCCUUGAUAUGUAUCCUUUCUGCACCAAGGAGCUGCAGGAUUCCUUCAAAGUGGGUCGGGCAAUCGUUGCCUUGCGCCGAGAAAGAGAAGCGUCUUCCAAUGUUGGUGUUUCUGCAACUCCUGCUGCUGCUGCUCCGACUUCUGCGGUUACUGCUCCAGCGCCAGCAAACGGCAGCAACAGUGCUGCCGCUGACGGCUCGGCAGCGCCCUCUACAGUGGAGACCGAAGUGCAUGUCAAUGAGGAGGCAGUUGCAGCAAAGGAAGCUGAGCUACUGCUUCUUGCAGGGAAGCCGUGCCCUACUGGAACAUAUGAACUGUUGAGUGUCGUGACACACCAGGGCCGCUAUGCUGACAGCGGACAUUACGUCGGUUGGGCUCGAGCAGGAGGAGCAGACGCUCCCCAGCAGCCCUCAACUGCUGAAAGCCAGGAGAAGAAAAAAGAAGAAGAGCAAGAAACGACUUCAGGCCCAGCUGCAAAACGACAAAAGAAUGUCGUCAUGUGGAGGAAGUUCGAUGACGAUAAAGUGACAGAAGUGCCUUGGGAGUCUAUUGAUCUCGCAGGAGGCCGCAGCGACUAUCAUGUUGCGUAUUUGCUGUUAAUGAAACACUUGUUAGUUGUUCCAUCUGAAGAAGAGUUGAAAGUAUUGGCAAGGCAGAUGUAA